UUUCUUUCUUCUUUAUUUAAUUUUUGACUUUUAAAAUAGAAAAAAUAGAACAACAAAAAUGUUGGUCUUUAUUGAAUUCGGCGGCGUUCCUCUUCGUCGUGUCCCUCAACAAUAUUUACCCCCUACUGUUGGUCUGUAACGCCGCUUCGCCUCCUUUAUUCUUUUUGAUUGCAUUUUGUGUGUUUGUUUCGCCGUGAAAAAGAAGAUAGCUCCACAUUUCUUUUUUCUUGCUCGUUGAAAACAGAAUUUUGAAGAAAGAAAAGCCCGUCAGUGACGAGCGUUCGAGCACAACCGACCGCCACAUUCAAUCGUGCGCACUGGUCUAAGCAACUGCACACAGGUACCGUGUGGCUGGAACCCUUUCUUUUUCCUAUCGGCAUCACAUAUACAUAGAGGAUUUGGUGUCCGCGCGGGCCAGUCUGCAGGUCGCUGCAAUCCGGUACGCACCUACCGUCGCUAGAGUUUGGUUUUCAAAGACAUGUUUUAAUCAGUUCCAUUUUCGUUGCAGUGAACUGUGCAUACAUUUAAAGGACGUUUAACGAAAAGAAAAUGAGGAGAGCCAACAUCACAGUGCGAAGUUGGCCGUUAAUGUUACGCCCUCAUCAUCUUCGAGCUCUGGCGAUUUUGGUCACGUUAGUCAGCCUGUCGCUACUCUUUUCCACAUUUACGAUGCGUUCCGGUGACAACCGGAUGUGGAUAAUGGAUCCUGGUCGCCACCACAAUCUACAAGACACUGACGGAAGGCCAGUCAUGUCGACUGUCGAUGCCCAUCACCAGCCAGCGUACAGCGACACUAAUCAUAGCCAAACUGAAGAAACUUCAAUCACAUUGACACCGACGACGAAAAGGAGACGCCCGACGAAAAUUCACGGCGUAGGCGAAGUCUAUCAAAUAACUAGGAAAUCAAUUAAUCCUAGCAAUCAUCUUCCAGUUGCCGUUGCCAAGAAUAAAAUCAAAUUUCAGGGCUAUUUAUUACCGGCAGCGCCGUCGGCACUCCUCAAAACCCGAAACUUGUUCCAGAAUAGAACAGUCACUCAGGAAGAUAUCAACAACACUUUGACGUUGCUGAAUAAGAGAUUGGAAGAAAACAAACAGGAACUAGAUGCGGAAGUGGAAGCGCAACAACAUGUUGGCUACUGGAACGUAACGCACCCGAAGCGUCUCCUGAUUGUGACUUCAUGGCGAUCGGGAUCGACUUUCCUCGGCCAAAUUCUUUCUGAACAUCCGGGAGUCUAUAACCAUUACGAGCCACUGAUGCACGUCGGACUGGAACAAAUACGACCUGGAGAUCCGAGAGUCGAUUCAGCUAUUCAACAUCUAAAAGAUCUCCUUCACUGCAAAUAUUCCAACCAAGAUUUCCUGAAGAAAAUCCAGGAGAGUAUGCAAGACAUGUUGAGUCACAAUGCUCACGUCUGGCAGGCUUGCGUCCUGGGCCCCAAUCGCAACGUUUGUAGUUUGAGCAAUUUUUUGGAAGAAGCUUGUCACAAGUUUCCUGCGCUGACUAUGAAAAUGGUGCGUCUUCGAUUGAACUUGACCCGCCAAUUGCUGGACGAUCCGUCGGUGAAAGUUCUUUAUCUGGUGAGAGAUCCUCGAGGUACGAUGAAUUCGCGCCUUUCAUCCGUCAAAUGGUGUAGCCAAUCGAUCGACUGCAUCGAUCCUGGCCGUCUUUGCGACGAUAUCCAAAGCGAUCUCGAUGCAUUCGAGUCGCUUUCAGCCGAGUUUCCUGGCCGAGUGGCUCUGAUCAAAUACGAAACGAUGGCCAAGAGUCCUCACGCCACUUUCCGGUCCAUCUUCAAUUUUGCUGGACUGUUUUACACGCGUAAAAUACGAGAAGAAGUGGAGAAACACACGUCGAGAGACGAGAACCAUCCGUGGAGUACGGUCCGCAAAUCAGCCGAGCGAGUCGAUCUCUGGCGUCAAAAACUCGACACUAAAAGCAUCUCGAAUAUACAAUCGGUUUGUUCCAAUGUGCUGGCCAAACUUGGCUAUUCCCAGCUGUGAUCUUUAUCCU